AUGGACGACCUCCAUGACGCUCCAAUCAGGAAGACAAAGGUGCUGGAAGGCUUCCUGGGGAUAGACUGGUAUGAUGAUGAUGAUGAUGAUGAUGAUGAUGAUGAUGCAGGCAGCUCUUUUCUGGAUGAUUUCCUUGAGAUAGUCAUGCAGCAAUCCCUCCAGAGUAAAAAUGGCCACCUGGACCUGUUUGUUCGCUUCCUUCAUGGCCUCUGUCUGGAGUCCAACCAGAGACUCUUAGGAGGUCUGCUGGGUCAGACAGAGAUCAGUCCAGAAACCAUCCAGAGAGUCAUCAACAACCUGAAGAAGAUGAACAGUGAUGAAAUCUCUCCUGACAGAAGCAUCAACAUCUUCCACUGUCUGAUGGAGAUGAACCACCUCUCAUUAUUUCAGGAGAUCCAAAAGUUCCUGAUGUCAAAGAACAGAUCAGAGAAGAAACUCUCUGAGAUCCAGUGCUCAGCUCUGGCCUUCAUGCUGCAGAUGUCAGAGGAGGUUCUGGAUGAGUUGGACCUGCAGAAGUACAACACAUCAGAGUGGGGACGACAGAGACUGAUUCCAGCUGUGAGGAACUGCAGAAAGGCUGGACUGACUCAGUGUGGACUCUCAGAGACUCACUGUGAAGUUGUGGCUUCAGCUCUGAAGUCCAACCCCUCCCAUCUGACAGAGCUGGACAUGAGUGGAAACAACCUGCAGGAUUCAGCAGUGAAGCUUCUGUGUGCUGGACUGGAGAGCAUCAACUCAAAAACAAAGGUUCAAAAGGCAGCAGUACAAAGGCAGAGGCAGGAGGGACAGUGUACACCAGGGGUCUCAAACUCGCGGGCCAUUUGCGGCCCACGUCACCUCUACCUGCGGCCCGCAUAUUGA